AAGCACAUACAAGUUUCUACGAUCCUGAAGAAUGUCUACCCCCACUUGUGUGAUCAUUUUCUACCACAAGCUUUUUGCCUACCUAUCGCCAGUAUUGCUGGAUCUGUCGUGUGUAUCGUCAACUAUAGUGCGUCCCGCUUCUCUUACUAAUAUUUUGCUAACUGUUGCAUCAAGUAUCACACAACAAUAUUACGAAAGAAUCAUGAAUUAUACGAGUAAUCUUAUGAAAAAAAAAAUGGCAGACAAGAAAGCAAUUGAUGGUACACCUCAGCUGGAAGUAAUUAAUCGCGUAAAAAGCAUUCCUGUUGUUCAUUCGGCGAUAGAGAAAACUGGAUCUACAUAUUCUUACUUGAAAGAUUCGCAUCAUUUAAUAAAUUGGGCACUGACACAAGCUGAAGCUGGACUUAAUUAUGCAACUGCAACGGCUGCUCCUCUUACUGUACCAUUGGCAAAAAAAUUCGAAGGACACAUUACUGCUGUUGAUCAAAAAUUAUGCGAAGGUCUGAACGUGGUCGAGCAGAAAGUACCGUUCGUGAAACAACCACCUCAGCAAAUUUACGAUGCUGCCAAAGCUGUGAUGAGUAGUUCCUUGCAACCAACAAUCGACAAAUUGCACGCUGCAAAAGAGUCAGCAGCUCAACACGCAUAUACAUUCAAAGAAAUUAGUAUAAACAAAGCUAAUGAAUUAUUGAAUAAUUCAUAUGGUACUAUGGCAGUGCAAGGUGUUGAUAAUACGAGCGUUCUCAUUAACGGAUUAUUAGAUCGUUAUUUCCCUCCAGUUGAAGGAGAAGAAAACACACCUGCUCCUAUAUCUGCUGAUGAGAACAAAGUUCUGCAUACAGUACAAACUAUUGGUCAAUUAUCCUCGAAAACUGCCAAUCGAGUAUACCAUUCGGUUGUAGCACAAUUAAAAACAGUGAAGAAAGAAGAUGUAGCGUCAUAUAUGUCGAGCGUAAUAUCUAUUCUUCAUCUAACGCAUUUUUUAAGCUUAACCGAUAAACACGAUGAAAGUAACAGUGCAAAUGAAGAAAACAAAGAAAAGAAAUAGGCACGAUUGUUACUAACAAUUGUACAAUAACGUAAUCGCUAGAUAAGUAAUUAGAUUCACAUCAGGCCCAUAUUUGUAAUAUGUGUAAUAAAUGAAAGUAUCAGUUUCAAGUAUAAGUUCAUUCAUCGAUAUAAAUGUAAUGUAAAUUUAUAUUAUCUGUUCUGUGAAUUCGAUGAAUCACUGAAAUUCCUCAAGAAUGUCGUAGAAAAUUGUAUGCGUAAGAAAGUAUAUCUAAUUUAAUUUGGUAAUAAUAUUAAAUUGCAAAAGUAACUGCACAUGUAAUUUAUCGAUGUUGUAAGAAAAAAAUAGUAAAUUUUCAGUUAGGGAGUUUUCGAGUUUGUCGAUGUGAUUUUAUAAAGGUUUAAUGUAAGAUAUCAAAAUUAACAUUUCUAUUUAUGUUUAUAUUAUUAGAUGCCUGAAAUUAUUACAUUUAUCUGUCGCUAAAUAAUAUGAGAUUCAAAUCUUGUUCGCUGUUUUCUUAUCUUGUUCAUUCUCAGUAUGAAAAAAUGAAAACGAUAUCAUUCAGUCAAGUAAUUGCAAAUAAAUGUGAUACUUAAGCAUUAAGAUACUAGUUCCACACAUAAUUGUAAAAUUUUAGCACUUUAAGAUACAUGUUCAAUUUUGUAUACAACUAAACAUGUAAAUAGGAAGAAAAGUACUUUAAAUUUAUUAUAUUUUUGUAACAAGAAAUUUGAAAAAUGCGAUAUUUAAGUUCAUUAUAUAAUUGUGCCCCGAAUUAUACAACUAUAAAUCGAUAAUUUUAAUAUCGAAUUUCUUAUUUGCUGUUACUUUUAUGGAGUUGUUAUACAUAAUAUACUCUCUAUUUAUAUCCAUGAAGAUACUACUUGAAUAGGAAACACAUAUAUAUUUUUUAUGUAUAGAUUUUAUAAUCUUAUAUCUGUAUAAAUAUAAUAUGAAAAAGUUGAAAAGA